AUGGAGCAGCACCGCGCGUUCCUCGUUCACAACGCCGGUUCAAACACCCACACGUCCCAGCUCGACGCUGGCGUACGCGACCCGGGCAAUAUGGAGACAGCUUCCACCUCUCAGCAACAAGGCUUUUUCUACCAUGAUCCACGCCAAUCUCAGCCUCCACCCGCCACGCUUGGUAUGAGCCCGCCUUUCGCACCCGCUCGUCCCGACCAUUCGUACAUAGCUACCUCGCUCAAGUUCGAGUCCGAGAUGCAACCAAGACCAUCUGCACCUUAUCCUCCUCGCGUACCACAGCAAUCAGCCAUGCCAUAUCGCGACGCAAUCUACUCUGACGGUCGCCCUUUUGCUUUCGCAUCCCAUCCGCAAGAUCCAGCACGUUUUCCAUACGCAGAAGCUCCCAUACCACCACAGCCUACGUACGCGUCCGAGCCAAAUUACACAACAUAUCAAUCGCAUCCACUCAAUACAUCGCCCAUCGCAAUGAGCGCGCCAAGCAACGGACAUGUGCCAAUGGACGCACCUAGUAGCGCCAAUCGUGUCUCGCCAGCUGCCCCCCAACAGAAGAAUGGCACUCAGCAACUGUCUACUCGAUCCAAGCGUGCGAGGGAAGAGUCACCAGAGCACAACAGCAGAACUGCAGCAUCGUCUACCUCGCAUCCGGAUGGUCCGCUGGAAGAAGCCAAUGAGCAAAAGUCGGAGGCGAGCGGCAAUGUCACCAUGUUUCAAUGCAGAGGCUUUGGCGACUGUCGCAUGGUCUUUACCCGCAGCGAGCAUCUUGCUCGUCACGUCCGCAAACAUACAGGAGAGAGGCCAUUCCGUUGCCAUUGCGGCAAAGCCUUUUCGCGCCUCGACAACCUCCGACAACAUGCCCAGACGGUACACGCCGACAUGCCCGAGCGCAACGAGGUCAUGAUGCAGGAGCUUUCUUCGCUUCACGCCUCUCUUGCCCAGUCCGCCGCUCAAGCCCAGCAUGCACAUGCACAGGUCUUGGGCAAGAGCAGCUCGCCAGGCGCUUUGAUAGCUAGCCAUAACCACAAUUCCCGGAGGGGCAAAAGCGGCGGCAAGACGAGCGCAGCGACCCGUGCUGCACGCGCUUCUGGCCAUGAACGUAGCAGAUCGCUAUCCUUUCCACAACAGAAUGCACCAAACGCAUUGGAAGCCUCGACUCAGGGCACGUACGCACCUACCACCACGUAUCCCUCUACUUACGAUGCUCCCACCCCGGCAGCUUCCAUUGCUGCGACUACCAACUUCACGGCGCCUGCCCUCGGCGGUUCCAUGCCCGCAUGGCCUGGUCAAGGCCAUCAGUACGGUCAACAAACUUCCAAUCAGACACAUGCCGUUUCUUCUGCUAAUUAUGGCGCUCCGGCUCAGUCUUCUGACCACCCUCCGCACAUCACGCCGCAGCAAACACCUUUCUAUGCGCACGAAGCAGGCGCUACAUCCUUUCAUCAACCCGGCGCAGCAGAGUAUGCAGAUCACCAGCCAACAUACCACUCGGAAUCUUUGCCCGAGGCUCAUUCAGAUAGAUAUAUGACUCCCUUUGAUGCGUAUGGUCGAGCAGGCCCCGAGCUCGCAGAGAGGCGCCCCUCUGGACAACUUGCAGCUGUAUCUGGUCCGGUCCAGGGAUGGCGACCGAGCGGGCCACCUUUGGAGACCGCACUUGCGGGCAGUCAAUACCCCGGGCCCGAAGCUGAGCUUGCAGAUAGCACCGCUCAGGCUACUGCCUUUUCCAACCCAUUUUGGCGAGGUUCUUACUCCGGUUUUCUGCAGGCGAACGAGGAUACCUUCGCACCACAGUACCAUUCGGGUUUUCCGGGGGACGAGGUGGAUCAGAGAUCCCAAUACGAAUCGACUUUGUCCGCUCAUUUACACAUGCGCACGCCGACGUUGGCCAAGCGUGCACGCGCGAGCAGCCCGCCUCCUUCGCGCGGCAGCAUUCGCGCUUCGUUCGAUGCAGGCCCCGCUCCGCUGCUUCCGCCUCCAGGGAGUGCACACGGCAGACCGCCCGGCAGCGCGCACGGUAAUCGGCCCCUCACUUCUCACAGCCGUCCCGUGCUACCCCCUUUGUCUUCCAUCACGCCGAGCGCAAGUCGUCCGGGCACAGCCGCACCGCUCACUGCAAGCCGCCCCGGUUCCAUGGCUACCCAGAGACUUCCAAGCAUCGACCAGCAGCUGCUGGCCCCGUCCACGGGGCUGGACCGAGACGACGAGCUUAAAAGCGACAGCAACUAUCGCCCUUACACGAGUCCCGCUGGCGCCAACAACCCAGACGGCUCUCAAGUCUCCAAGCCGUUCUUCCCGCCGUCUUCGUUGCGAUCGUCACGUCCUUCGUUCAGUCUUCGCGGCGAUGCGCGGCUACCUACGACUUCGGAGCUAGCCGACCGCCCGAACACUUCGUCGUCCUCCUGGAACAAUGAACGACGGCCGCUGACUUCCGGAUCGUCCAUGGCUGGCAAACAUCGCAGCUCUAUGAAGGCUCACGGUGACGACCUUCCGCCUCUGUCGUCUGCGCUGGCGCACUUGGACGAGCGUCGAGAUUCACGAACUCAGCGGCGGGGCUCGGCAUACGAGUUGUCCAGUUCAAUCAUUGAGCGGCCGAAACUCAGCUCCUCGUAUGGCGCGCGAGACAUGGACGCGGCAUCGAGAUUGCAGACCGACAGCUCCGAGUUGCGAACCAGUCCAACAAACAACGCGUCGCCGUUCAUGUUCCAGCCGCCGCCUCUGCCUCGCGAGAGCAGCUCGGUGUCGUUGCGACCCUCGAUGGAUCGGCAUGGUGGUGCGCCUGGCACAGACUGGCGAAGGCCGAGCUCGAGCACGGCGCCCGAUGCACACGUCAUAUCGCGCCGUGUGGGUUCGAGCAGCGGCUCGGCGCUUGCAUUUGGCGGACGCGACGAGGGCAGCAGCUCCAGACCUGGGUCAAGCAAUGGUCUCCCCCUAACUAGUCGCGAGCUGAUGCUGCCUCCCUUAAAGUCAUCCCAUGGCGCUAGUCGGCCUGGCUCAAGCUCGAUCGCCGCGUUGCUGCAAGGCGACGGUGGAACAGAAGCCGGUCGACAAACUCGUGCCUGGUCGCGUCCUCUGACAUCAGGUGACGCACCUGCGCCCAAGUUCGGCGGUAACGGAUAUAGCCGCAUGUCAUCUUCUCGCGAGGGUGCGUCGAGCGAUGGCGAAGACGAUCGUUCCGACCGACGUCGUUAUCUGGCACAUGACCAGCGCGGCUCCACCCGAGAAGGACUCAUGCGACGACCGUCGACGUCGGCAGGCGCCGGGUCGACUCGGUUUGCGUCAAGUUUUGGCAAUCGCGACCUCUCGGCAAGUCCCACAAGCUGA